AUGAUUGCCAGGUGCCUGCCUUUGCUGCUGAUCCUUCUCCCAACGAUCCUGCUCUCAGCGGAUGGGUCGUAUGAUGAUGUCAGCGUGGAGGCACAGCCCCGCAUCAUUGGUGGCCAGGUGUCCAAAAUCAAGGAUGAGAAGUACCUGAUGCAGGUGACCACAUCCACGGAGAUGUGUGGCGGUUCGCUGGUGCUGCCCCGUUGGGUCAUCACGGCGGCCCACUGCGUCCACAACAAGCGAAAGGAGGAGUUCAAGAUUUUGGGCGGCGCCUCGAAUCAGGCCGGACCCUAUGCCACCAUACGGUACGUGGAUAUGAUACUCGUUCGUCCGGACUUCAAUCCCAAGACCCUCAACAUGGACGUGGCUUUGCUCCGUUUGAGCGCCGAUAUGAGUGGAACCAAUAUCGAAACCAUACCAUUGGCAACCCAGACAGUACCCGCUCGGGCUCCGGUCAAGGUUUCUGGCUGGGGAUUCACGGAGGCGGAUGCCACAACCACUGCCCUGCGGGUGCACAGUGUCAUCGUCCCGAUGUGGUCCCGGGCCGCCUGUGUGGCAGCCUUUCGGGGCAUCCACCGCAUCACCCGCUCCAUGAUGUGUGCCGCCAAGUUGUACAAAAAGGACUCCUGCGACGGGGACUCUGGAGGACCUCUGGUCUACCGUGGUGAGUUGGCGGGCAUCGUGUCCUUUGGCUACGGGUGCGCCUCGGCCCUGCCCGGCGUUUACACGAGUGUGCCCGAGAUCACCAGCUGGAUCUAUCGCCAGGUGAAGGAACAUUCCGUGCCGUAGUCUUAUGUCAUAGUCUCUUAGGGAAAUAAUAAAAUGUUAUCUUAGUCCAA